ACUACACAUCAUUACAGAUUUUCUUGCCACAAAUCCUCUUUAUACAACAAAAAGGUUUUUUUUUUUUUUUUCAAACUUCACGUCUCUCGACGACUGAACCACAUUAUCGUAUCGGAUUUGAAGAUGGGAGUUGAUCUUGAAUCUUUGUCGGAGGCAACUUCGGGUGCCGUAGGAUCACUGUUGAGCACGACGAUCUUGUACCCGCUUGACACGUGUAAGACCAAGUACCAGGCCGAGGUCAAAGCUCACGGCCAGCAAAAAUACAGGAACCUCUCAGAUGUUUUCUGGGAAGCAAUAUCUACUGGUCAGCUCGCUUCCUUAUACCAGGGGGUAGAGACAAAAAACCUUCAGUCAUUUAUAUCACAGUUCAUCUACUUCUAUGGCUACAGCUAUUUCAAAAGGUUAUAUCUGGAAAAGAGUGGUUCCAAAUCAAUUGGGACAAAAGCAAACUUGAUCAUUGCCGCUGCUGCCGGGGCUUGCACUGCCAUUGUGACUCAGCCCUUGGAUACAGCCUCCUCAAGGAUGCAGACUAGUGCCUUUGGAAAAUCCAAAGGGCUUUUAAAGACACUUUCAGAAGGUACUUGGAGUGAUGCAUAUGAUGGCCUAGGCAUCUCUCUUUUGCUAACCUCAAAUCCUGCCAUUCAGUAUACUGUAUUUGAUCAGCUGAAACGACGACUCUUGAAGGCAGAACAGAAGGGUUCAUCUCCACAGGCCCUCUCUGCCUUCAUGGCAUUUGCACUAGGUGCUCUUUCAAAGAGCAUUGCUACUGUUAUAACGUAUCCUGCAAUCAGGUGUAAGGUAAUGAUUCAAGCUGCAGACUCAACCGAUGAUAGGACUGAGAAAACUCAGCAAAGAUCCCGCAAAACAUUGGCUGCAAUCAUUUACUCUAUCUGGAAAAGAGAAGGACCUCUGGGCUUCUUCAAGGGAUUGCAGGCCCAGAUCUUGAAGACUGUGCUGAACUCGGCUUUGCUUCUGAUGAUCAAGGAGAAAAUCAGUGCUGCCACCUGGGUUAUUAUACUCGCAACCAGAAGGUAUCUCUUUCUGAGCAGGGGUAGAUUGAAAAGUGCUUGAAUCUAAGGACAUUGUCUCAUGUAAAUACCGUUGCAGCAAUAGAAGAAGAAACAAGUUUAUAUUCUAGCCGGGUCUAAAUUUAUAGAGGAAGCUAAAAUUAAGGUGAAUAAAUUCGGAUUUGGUUAGUCAGUGAUCAAGAAUUAAGCUGUUGCUGUUGCAUUUUCAGGACGGGGUUUUUCAAGAGUAGUAAUAAGGUGCCCAAUAUUUGUAUAAUUAAUAAUUUCAUGAUUUGUAUUAUUCACAAAUGUUAUUUCUGAGAUCAAGAAAAAUAUUUUCCCUUUGUAUUGUUUGCUUCUGAGAUUGUUUAUCAGUGAGCUUGACUGCCUCUCUUUGAAUAAGAAGCAAUAUCUCUGAGAGUUUAGAUGUCUCAA